UAGUAGCUGUUGAUAUGUUAAACAUGGUCUGAAGCACCAAGUUUCACACCGGCGUGGCGGCCAACGUUUGUCCGAGUCGAACUAUCCGCCACCGCGCCGGCGUAGAGUCAACCCCAUCUCUUCUUUCUUCAAUGGCUUCUUCCUUAUCCUCUUGCUUCACAACUCUUCCAAAACCUCCACACUUUUUCACCUUCAACGAACCUCGUUCUUCUUCUUUCCGUCUACAACCGAAGCUUCAAUUCAAACCUCGUUCCCUGCAAUCAUGGCCUUUACCUUCCCAAUUCGCUAACAGGAAGAAGCCAAUACAAACUAAAUGCAAUGUGUUCGACGAAGAAGAGAGCUACUAUAACUCCAUGGAGGACAAGCAAUUCGUGCGUUCGUUUCGUGAGGCCUGGCCUUACUUGUGGGCUUAUCGAGGCAGCACCUUUGUUGUCAUCAUUUCUGGUGAAAUUGUCUCUGGUCCCUUUCUGGAUCCCAUUCUCAAGGAUAUAGCUUUUCUUCAUCACCUGGGAAUCAGGUUUGUUCUUGUUCCAGGAACCCAUGUGCAAAUAGACAAGCUUUUAGCUGAGAGAGGGAGCCGGCCUAAAUAUGUUGGUAGAUAUAGAAUAACUGAUGAAGAGUCUCUAGAAGCUGCAAUGGAAGCGGCUGGGGGAAUAAGAUUGAUGAUAGAAGCAAAGCUUUCUCCUGGACCUUCCAUAUGCAAUAUUCGACGACAUGGUGACAAUAGUCGUUGGCAUGAUGUUGGAGUCAGUGUUGCCAGUGGUAACUUUCUUGCAGCCAAGAGAAGAGGGGUGGUCAAUGGGAUUGAUUUUGGGUCGACUGGGGAAGUUAAAAAAGUAGACGCAUCUCGCAUGCGUGAGAGGCUUGAUGCUGGUUGUGUAGUUGUUUUAACCAACUUGGGCUACUCCAGCUCUGGACAAGUAUUAAAUUGCAACACCUAUGAAGUUGCGACAGCUUGUGCCCUGGCUAUGGGAGCAGACAAACUAAUAUGCCUUAUAGAUGGCCCAAUACUUGAUGAGAGUGGACGCCUAAUUCGUUUCUUGCCUCUUCCCGAAGCAGACAUGUUAAUUCGGAAACGGGCUGAGCAAAGCGAAACGGCUGCUAACUAUGUGAAAGCUGUUGAUGAAGAUGAUCUCAACUCUCUUGAGCAUAACAAUUUUAAUGGGACAGUGAAGUCUCCACCUAAUGGACAACGCUUUACAGAAUGGCAUAAUACAACCUUCCAUAAUGGUGUUGGUUUUGAGAAUGGGAAUGGCUUAGGGACCAGUGAACAAGGUUUUGCUGUUGGAGGUCAUGAGCGGCUAAGUCGAAUGAAUGGUUACCUGUCAGAAUUGGCUGCUGCAGCUUUCGUUUGCAGAGGUGGGGUUCAAAGAGUUCACCUGUUGGAUGGCACUAUUAGCGGAGUUUUGUUGUUGGAAUUGUUUAAAAGAGAUGGCAUGGGAACAAUGGUUGCUAGUGAUCUUUAUGAAGGCACUCGGAUGGCACAGAUGAAAGAUAUUUCUGGAAUAAAACAAAUUAUUCAGCCUUUGGAAGCAUCUGGCAUAUUGGUUAAGCGGACUGAUGAAGAGCUGCUAAAAGCGAUGGAGAAUUUCGUUGUUGUGGAACGAGAAGGUCAAAUAAUUGCUUGCGCUUCCCUUAUUCCUUUCUUUGAGGAUAGGUGUGGUGAGAUUGCUGCCAUUGCAGUAGCUCCUGAAUGCCGUGGCCAGGGACAGGGAGACAAAUUGCUUGAUUAUAUGGAGAAGAAAGCAGCAUCUCUUGGAUUGGAUAUGCUUUUCCUGCUGACAACACGGACAGCAGAUUGGUUUGUGAGGCGUGGAUUUUCAGAAUGUUCAAUUGAUUAUAUUCCUGAAAAGAAAAGGAAAAUGAUCAAUCUGUCCCGCAAGUCAAAGUAUUAUAUGAAGAAGCUUCUACCAGAUAGAAGUGGAAUUACUGUUGGUGGUGAACUUGCUUCAAAUUAGUGUUAUUUUGUCUUGUUUUCCACCCACAACGGUUCAAGGGUGAUUACAUGCAGUGUUUUCUUCUGUAGACUAGAGAUAAUAUAUCUGUAACUAUAUGGUAGCUGGGAUUAGUAUCUCUGACAGGUCUUCUAUAUGCAGCAUUAAGUUUUCUAUUGUUAAUUGGAAAACUUUUGCAUGUUUCCUCCAGUGCUGUCCUCCCAUAAUUGAUCAUCCUCCCAUAAUUGAUCAAAAGGGAUUACUUAGUGUAGUAAAUGUGAUGUAUGUGUUAGAUAAUAUAUUUGUCUUUUGUCCAAAGAUAAUAUGUGUUUGGUUGAGAUAUUUUAAUUCUUCAAUAAUAAUGUUAUUUAUUUAUGAUAA